CAUGCCCGGGGUCCCCGAGCGCCUGGUGCGCGCGCUCGGGGGCGCGUCGCGACAGCGCCUCUGCGCGCUGCUCCUCGUCAGCUUCAAGUUCACCUUCGUGGUCUCCCUCCUGCUCUACUGGCACCUGGCGGGGGACCCCCGGGCCGGGGGCCGGAGCCCGCCCGCCGCCGCCGUGCCCUGCCCGCGCCUGGAGCCGGCCCGCGCGCCCCGCGGUGCGCCCUCGCCGCCGGGGAACAUCUUCUUCUUGGAGACGUCGGAGCGCACCGACCCGCCGUCGCUGUUCCUGUGCUCGGUGGAGUCGGCGGCGCGCGCGCACCCGGACUCGCAGGUGCUGGUGCUGAUGAAGGGGCUGCCGCGGGGCAACGCGUCGCGGCCGCGCCACCGGGGGCUGUCGCUGCUCGGCUGCUUCCCCAACGUGCAGCUGCGGCCGCUGGACCUGGACGCGCUGUUCCGGGGCACCCCGCUGGCGCCCUGGUACGCGGCGGUGCAGCGGCGCUGGGAGCCCUACCUGCUGCCCGUGCUGUCGGACGCCUCGCGCAUCGCCCUGCUCUGGAAGUUCGGCGGCGUCUACCUGGACACCGACUUCAUCGUGCUGCGCAGCCUGGGCAACCUGACCAACGCGCUGGGCGCGCAGUCCCGCUACGUGCUCAACGGCGCCUUCCUGGCCUUCGAGCGGCGCCACGAGUUCCUGGCGCUGUGCAUGCGCGACUUCGUGGCCCACUACAACGGCUGGGUGUGGGGCCACCAGGGCCCGCAGCUGCUCACGCGCGUCUUCAAGCAGUGGUGCGCCAUCCGCAGCCUGCGCGAGCGCCGCGCCUGCCGCGGGGUCACCGCGCUGCCCUGCGAGGCCUUCUACCCGGUGCCCUGGCAGAGCUGGCAGCGCUACUUCGAGGACGUGCGGCCCGAGGAGCUGCAGCAGCUGACGCGCGCCACCUACGCCGUGCACGUGUGGAACAAGAAGAGCCACGGCCGCCGGCUGGACGCCACGUCCCCGGCGCUGCUGGCGCAGCUGCACGCGCGCUACUGCCCCACCACGCACCAGGCCAUGAAGAUGUACCUGUGA